AUGAGUGAAAGAGGCAACUUUAGACCAAUUUCUAUCCUGGUUAUUCUCUCAAAAAUCCUUGACAGACAUGUGUUUAAUUCAUAUUUUUUAUAUUUAACUGAGCAUGAAAUUCUAUCCGAUUACCAACAUGGAUUCAGACCUGGCCACUCGUGCGAAACGUCAUUAAACAUGAUUUACGAAUACCUUGUUAACAAUAUUGAUAAUGAAGAAAUUAACGGUGUUUUGAUGCUUGACUUUUCCAAAGCCUUCGAUUUAGUGGAUCAUAAUAUUUUGCUCCAAAAAAUCCACGCGUACGGGGCUACUGACCUAACCCUAAAAUGGUUCGCCUCGUAUCUUGAAGGACGAACUCAACAGGUGCAAAUUAACGAAGUCCUUUCUGAACCUUUAACAAUUAUUACUGGGGUCCCUCAGGGUUCCAUUCUUGGCCCGUUACUAUUCUUAAUAUUUAUCAAUGAUCUUCCAUCUUUUCUUACUACCUCUCAUCCUUCUCUUUUUGCGGAUGACUCGACUCUUUUAGCCCAUGGCUGUGAGCUACCUGAUAUCAAAGCUUCUUUGUCGACUGAUUUGUGUAUUACCUCUAAUUGGGCAAGAAGCAACCAUAUGGCUUUAAAUUUUAGCAAAACCAAAUUCAUGAAAAUUUAUUCAAAGCGUAAGUAUUCACAGCUUGAUUAUGAUAGCAUACUUUAUGAGGAUUUUUGGAUUGAAGAAAUUACUUCUGGCAAACUUUUAG